GACUUAUGCUGUGGUGCUGUGACACUGGAAGAAUUGCACAAAGGUCUCAGGCACAUCUGUUUGUCACUUGAGCAAUUCUCUGUGGAUGGAAAAAUAUUUGAGUUUUAUUACCUUGUUUGAAAUCUGUUGCCCUAGUCUGAACUACUUAACAGAUUGGGCCACUUACCAAUGAGCCACCCAGCCAGUUCUGGUCAGGAACUGGUUGAAAACUGUGCUGUGCAUGUAGCAGGGAUGGCACAAGAAGAAAACCGUCGUGGUCAAGUGCCAUCCACCUUUUACCAUGGUGCCAACCAAGAGCUUGACCUGUCCACCAAGGUGUAUAAAAGGGAGUCUGGAAGUCCCUAUUCUGUGCUGGUGGACACCAAGGUGAGCAAGCCACAUCUCCAUGAGACAGAGGAACAGCCGUAUUUCAGGGAGACAAGAGCAGCGUCUGACGUGCACGCUGUCAAGGAAGACCGGGAGAAUUCCGAUGACACGGAGGAGGAGGAGGAGGAAGUCUCUUACAAAAGGGAGCAGAUCAUAGUGGAGGUAAACCUUAAUAAUCAAACAUUAAAUGUGUCUAAAGGGGAAAAGGGUGUCUCUUCUCAGUCCAAAGAGACUCCUGUUCUUAAGACGAGCAGUGAGGAGGAAGAGGAAGAGAGUGAGGAGGCGACAGAUGACAGCAAUGAUUAUGGAGAGAACGAAAGGCAGAAGAAAAAGGAGAAGAUAGUGGAAAAAGUCAGCGUUACCCAAAGGCGAACGCGGAGAGCAGCCUCUGUCGCUGCAGCUGCCACUGCCCCUUCUCCCAGAACCACGAGAGGAGGGCGUAGGAAGAGUGUAGAGCCACCUAAGCGUAAGAAGCGGGCAGCCAAAGAGCCCAAGGCGCCAGCCCAGAAAGCUAAGUGUGAAGAGAAAGAGACUCUGACCUGUGAGAAGUGCCCCAGGGUGUUUAAUACUCGCUGGUACCUGGAGAAGCACAUGAACGUUACUCACAGGCGCAUGCAGAUCUGUGAUAAGUGUGGCAAGAAGUUUGUCCUGGAAAGUGAGCUGUCCCUUCACCAGCAAACAGACUGUGAAAAAAACAUUCAGUGUGUUUCCUGUAACAAAUCAUUCAAGAAACUCUGGUCCCUGCAUGAACAUAUCAAGAUUGUACAUGGAUAUGCAGAAAAGAAAUUUGCCUGUGAAAUUUGUGAGAAGAAAUUCUAUACCAUGGCUCACGUGCGGAAACAUAUGGUUGCACACACAAAAGACAUGCCGUUCACAUGUGAGACCUGCGGGAAGUCAUUCAAGCGCAGCAUGUCACUCAAGGUGCAUUCCCUGCAGCACUCUGGAGAGAAGCCCUUCAGGUGCGAGAACUGUGACGAGCGGUUCCAGUACAAAUACCAGCUGCGCUCCCACAUGAGCAUCCACAUCGGGCACAAGCAGUUCAUGUGCCAGUGGUGCGGCAAGGAUUUCAACAUGAAGCAGUACUUCGACGAGCACAUGAAGACGCACACAGGAGAGAAGCCCUUCAUCUGCGAGAUCUGUGGCAAGAGCUUCACCAGCCGGCCCAACAUGAAGCGGCACCGGCGCACGCACACCGGGGAGAAGCCCUACCCAUGCGACGUGUGUGGCCAGCGCUUCCGCUUCUCCAACAUGCUCAAGGCGCACAAAGAGAAGUGCUUCCGCGUGACCAGCCCAGUGACCGUGCCUGUGACGCCCGCGCCCAUCCCACCCGCCACGUCUCCGGCGGCGCCGGUCCCCAUCCCCGCGGCAGUGAGUGCCCCUGCUACCCCGGCCGCACCCGGCAGCCUGAGCCCGGUGAGCGCCCUCCCGCCACGACCCAUCCCGCACCCCUUCUCGCACCUGCACCUCCACACACACCCGCACCACCCGCACCACCUGCCCAUCCCGCCGGUGCCCCACCUGCCCCCACCACCUGCACUCUUCAAGAGCGAGCCGUUGAACCACCGCGGCCAGAGUGAGGACAGCUUCCUGCGGCACCUGGCGGAGAAGAAUGGUGCGGCCCAGCACCACUAGCCUCGGCCAGCUGGGGUCGAGUGGGCAGCGGUUUACUGGCCGCAGCCUCCUCGCCAGCCCUGGGCUCUGUCAGGAUCUGCAUGAACCAGCAGACCUGGGCACAGAGCCGGGGACCACCUAACACUCAUGGCAACUGUCCUCAAAACCAGGGGAACCACCGAACUGAAGCCCAAUUUGCUUGCAUUUUCUGAUGACUUUUAUAAAUUUCAAAUACUCCAACUUAUGGGAUUUUAUAAUUUCAUAUCAGCUGAUGAGGUAUGCUUGCUUUUAUAUCCUGGACUUCUCCUCAAAGAGGAGAUAGGCCUGGUUUUCUUUGUACUAAUCGGGAAGGCUGUGAGAUUAAUCCAGAGCAUUAAUUGUAUCACUGUGUAUUGUAAUGAAUUCUUUUCAGCUUUUGGUGCUGGCUGCAGAGUGGAGCUAGCCCCGGUUCACAGUAUAUCAUAUCAAGCAUUAUAGAGAAAGAAAUUUUCUUCUUUGUGUAGCUCUCCUAACGCACUCUUUAUUUUACUACAGAAAUUAUUUUAGAGUUUUUGUAUAGACUUCUUAGUAGUCUGUUUCUAAAAUGAAAUGUAUUUCAAUAAGCGGUGUAAUUUUUCAGUGUAGCUGAACUUACGUUGUAAAAUAGAAAGAAUUUUUAUAAUCAUCAAAUGUGAUUCUUAAAGAUGCAUAUAACUUCUAUAAUUCAGAGUUAUUCUUACACCCGUACAACUCAAAGGUGCUUUAGAGACUGGCUGUCUCUGCGCGGGCCACCGGCCAGGUUCCCACAGGAGCGCGGCUUUGCCUCGGAGCAGAGCAGUGUAAGAUCCGCGUUACAGAUGCCCCGCGGCCGGCCGCGUGCCUGGCCUCCGUGCUGCUUCGGGCUCCAUUCCUGCACUAAGUGGAGAGACCUGCCGAGAGUUGGGCUUCUUCCAAGGCCAUCGCACACAGUUGCCCUGGUUUGGAAAUGUAGACGAAGUUGUUGACGGUCAGGAAAAGGAAGUGGUAUAGUAGGAUUGUUGCUUCCUAGUCAUGGCUGUUUCUCCCUUUCUUUAGGGACUCUGCUCGUGUUUGACCCUCUGGGAAACAAGUAGGAGCCUUUCAUCUUGAGGUUGCUUUAUUUUUCUAGAAUUGUUACCAGAAGUUAAACUAGUAAACUGAAGUCUCCAAUGUGAUUUGCCAGUAGUGGACGAGAAAUCUGGGUGAGAAGACAAACCGGGUGUGGGUUUGGGAACAUCUGAUGCCCACGGCUGAGCAAUUUUCGCAGGUUAAAGACCAGGCCAGUCCGAAGUGUUGCUGGGCUGCGGGAGCCUUGCUGGCCUGCAGCCUUCGGUGAGGAGAGUAGCGCUGCCUGGCUCCAGGCAGCGAGUUCGGCCGCUUUGCUGGCAUGGGUGCAGGGCAGGUGGGGCAGGGCACGUGGAUGACGACCACACUCAGCCAGGUUCCGUAUUGCCACCAAGUCCAUGUUCAUCUCAGAGAUCGGAGUCCAAGGACAGGUCCUUCUCUCUCAGCUGCCCUCUUCAUUUGAAACCUUGAGAUUCCUUCGUUACUCUUCCUCGGGUCCUUAAAUCAUUACCCAGCUUUUAUUUAUUUUAUUUUUUAAUAUUAAAUGCAGAUAGGCGACAAGCACUUUUCCAGCUGAUUAGCUCUGUAACAGGGAAAAAUAAAACUCUUGGUUGAGCUUAAAUCCUGAUUUCCUGUACCCUCUCUCAACUUUUUGGUUUAAUGAUCCUAAGUUUUCUACUUCUGAUUUUGUCUUUGUCUUCUAUAAUGCAUAGGAAAAUAUUGCAGGAGACAGAGAAGUAUCUCAAGAUGUACUUUUCCUCUUCGUUUUGAAUAUAAGUUUUUAAAAAUAGUAUUUUUAGUAUUUGUGUAUGUUCUUGGAGCCCCUGGCACCCAAGCCAAUAAGGAAAUUAAUUCCCUGCUGUGACUAUUACGACUUCAGUGUCUGUCCCUGCUCCCUCCUCCAUCUCCUUUGCAUUCCAGGACAAGUUUGUAAAGCUACACUUUUCUGUAGACAUAGCAUAUAUCAAGGCUAAAGGGCGGGGAGAUGGCUCAAUAGAAUAAGCGCUUCCUUGGCAAGCGCAAGGGCCUGAGUUCAAUCCCCAGUUCUGCAAAAAAAAAAAGGCUAUAAUGUUAAAAUAAUUAUUCUUAAAGAGAUAUACAUUAUAGGCUUAGUUCAUUGGUUAUACCUUCAUUGUUCUAAAUAAAUUUACAGUAUUGGGCAAUAAUUUAAAAUUACAGACUUGAGAUCUUUGAAUGAAUCCUUUCAUGAAGUAUGCUGUGAGUAUACCCAGAAAAUUCAGGUAGUUGUCUGUCAUUCACGUCGUUGUAAUCCCAUAGGAAAGUAGCUGAUACACAGGAAAAAUCAGUAGCAAGCAAAUCACCACCACCAUCCUUUCCAGAAGUAAAAGAAAAAAAAAAUUAAAGUUAGCAUUAUCAUACAGUAAAAUUCUUGUUGAAAUAGAGUGUGGAACAAUCUAGAAGCUUCCACUCUAUUUUCUUCUGGCUCGUCCCUUCCCGGACAUAUGAACUGUGGUGCAGGAGGACAGCCUCUGUGGUAUCACAUGGUGCGCGACAGUGACCUGCGCCAAGGAGAGUCAACGCGAACGCUCCGAAUAGCCAAAUAGCCGGCUGCUUGGGAAGCCUUCUGGGGUCGGGGGGACCUCUGGCCAGGGCGAGAAGUGGGUGCUCGCCGCGCUCGAGCCUGUUACCUGCUCGGCUGCUCUGGAAUGACUCCGGAGCGCUGGGUUCUCAACCCUUCUUGCUGUGAUUUCAAAGACAGUAGAGGCCCUAAGUAGCGGUCCACAAAAUGAGGCUCUCUGAUAACUGUGUUUUACAGUCUUCAAGGGCUUGUAUUGCUGCAGGCGCUAUGGAAAAUUCCCCAAGGGCUUUUCCGAGUUGGCAUUGUAUCUCUGGUGAUUGGUUGGUGUUUGUGGUUUUUGUCUUUUUUUUCAUAGAUUCAUCAUUCAAUUUUUUUUUUUUUUUUUUUUUUGGUACAGGGUCU